UUCAUGCUACAGCGCUUGCAUUUGGAAAUUGACAGUGAGAAUUGUGACAGAAUAAAGCCGCUAACUCUGCAGUCAGCUCGCUCAGGGCCGUUUCAAUACAUUUACCAUAAUGGUCGGAAUACGUGUGCACUCCAAAUGACGGCUCGCCACCAGACCGCAGUUCAUAACAAGGCAGAGCACCACCGAUAAACGCAUAACAGUUGCUGGCCAAAACUAACAGCUUCGAUUUGACAGUAUACUAAGCUAACACGUUACCAGUUUGACAUCUUAACGGGGCGUUAGCUCCCGCUUGGUUGAUGUUUGCUUAACUGUUUCUGAUAUAAUUUGAAGGUGCCAUGUUGUGUGACGUUUACCGAGAAAACGAAACCUAACAGCGGGUGAGGCUGAAUGGAAGCUGGGCCCAGAUGUACAAAGACAUGGAAGCAGAGUUGAGAUGAAAAUGGAAAACAUGUCAAUUGCACUUUGUUCUCUUAUUUGCUUUUAAUUUUAGUUGACAUUCCGACCGUUGAGUACGUUUAUAAUGGAAACGGUAAACUACGUAGCUAAACUAAACGAGUAUGCACAGAGAACACGCACGAACCUGAAAUUCGAGGACGUUGGAUCUGUUGGCCCUGACCACAUUAAAACAUUCACUCUUAGAGCAGUCCUAAAUGGUAAGGUGUAUCCUGAUGGUGUGGGAAGGAGCAAGAAGGAAGCCAGACAGAAUGCAGCUAAAAAUGCCCUGAAAAGCUUGGAGGAGGAACCACUUUACUCUACAGAAAAUGCAACAGAAAUGUCUCCUGCACCAGUUCAUCAGACCAGUGUCAGUAACAUCAACUAUAUAUGCUGGUUAAAUGAAUAUGGCCAGAAAAAGAGGGUGACUAUAAGGGCUGUGGAGUCAACAAGACUGGGUCCAAAUAUCGGCACUCAUUUGUGUAAUGUUAGAUCCUGUAGCUUUGUGGUUGGUGAUAAGGAGUAUCCACCUGCCUAUGGGAAAACAAAGAGGGAAGCCAAGGAGGAAGCAGCUAAGCUUGUAUAUUAUGAUAUACAUGAAACGACAUGUGGCAGUAAAACUACAGAGACUGGCAAGGAGAAAUACAGCAUUGCAGUGUUAAGCCAACCAGAGCAAGAAUUGAAACAAAAUGUGUCAGACAUCUGUGAUAAGACCAAGAGAUUGAGCGUGAGAUCUACAGACGAAGGUUUUACAGAUACAAAUUUCGUAGGACUUGUCAACCAUUACUGUCAGGCCACAAAGCGCUCCCAGGAUUACGUCCUAGUGAAUAGAUGCGGUCCACCACAUAACACACAAUUUUUCUACAAGUUGGUGAUCAACGAUAAGGACUACCCUGUGGGUGAAGGUAAGAGCAUCAAGGAAGCCAAACAAAAUGCAGCUCGGUUGGCGUGGUCUGCUCUUCAAGAGCAGUCAGACUGGAACAGCAAGUUGUCUUUCUUGUCAGCUGUGUCUGAUGCUUCACCAGCCAGGCUGUCCACACCACCAAGCAUACCGGACAGAAAAUCCGAAAGCGUGCCAGCUACUACAGGUGACUCAGUGGUUUUCACCAAUUCAUCAAAUCCUCCCAAAGAUCAGAUUCAAAGUCCUGAUGUGAAGCCCAAAAUAAGAAUUGCAGCAAAUUUCCCAAACGCCAAACGAAACAGCAAAGAGGACAUAAUGCCUAAUUUUAAUGGCAAGAAUCCAGUAAAUAUUCAGAGUGAAAAAACGACAAACAAGUCAGUGAUCUCCAGCAGGUUUACAUCAGAAUAUGACUCUAUAGUGUGCCUUGGCAAAGGAGCCUUUGGUCAUGUUUUCAAGGCAAAGCAAAAACUCCUUCAAAGGAAUUAUGCUAUAAAGAUUGUCCGCUGCAAAGAGAAAUCACUACGGGAGGUGAUUGCGUUAUCAGACCUCCAGCACUGCAACAUUGUUCGAUACUACACCUGUUGGUUGGAGGAUUCAGGAUACGAAAGGGACAGCGCAGCUGACAGUUGCAGCAGUUCGCAGUCGACUGAUAAUUCAUCUGUAAAGUACCUCUAUAUUCAGAUGGAGUUGUGUGACACCAAAACGCUUAGAGUGUGGAUAGAUGAGAAGAAUAUUCAGAAUGUAAAGAAAUCUCUGCGAAACACCAAGAGAAGAGAAGAAAGUCUAACCAUUGCUCAGCAAAUAGUCAGUGGGGUCGAAUACAUCCACUCCAAGAUGCUCAUCCACAGAGACCUGAAGCCUGCCAACAUCAUGUUUGGACUGGAUGGGGAAGUGAAGAUUGGAGACUUUGGCCUGGUCACUGCUGAGAAUGACGAUGCUGAGAACGUGAUCGAGAGAACUGUGUACAAAGGAACCCCAUCUUACAUGGCUCCUGAGCAAAGGAGCGGGAACAAAAUAUAUGACCGAAAAGUGGACAUAUUUGCUUUGGGAUUGAUAUAUUUUGAACUCCUUUGGAACUUCUCUACCAGCCACGAAAGGAAAGCUAUUUGGGAUGAUGCCAGAAACCAGAAACUUCCUCAAGGAUUCUCACACAAUUUUUCUUUGGAGGACCGAAUUAUAAAGUCAACACUGUGUAUGAAGCCAGAAGACCGACCUGAAGCAAGUAAACUAAAGAUGGACUUGGAAGAGUGCAGUCAUACACUUAAGACACUUAAAGAAAUGCGUCGCGACAGUAGGACUGUCUGAUUAUUGCAGGGAAAUUCUUGAACAAUAGGCGAAAGCAUCAGUCAUCACAAGCAUGACUAUUUAUUCCGCAGUCUGUUCCAUAGUACUUGUACUUGGACGUUUUUGAAUGCCAUGGGAAGUGUCUUCAUGAACUGAUAGUGCAAAAUGUAUCAUAAUUGGUACUUGAUGGGAAGAGACACAACCCCGUGCAUUUUAUAAUCAAGGAAUGCAACAUUCACUUUUAACAAAUAAUAAUGUCCUGGAUUAUUACUUUGUCAGCGGGUAUUGAAAUGUGUUCAAGGUGAUGUCACAUUACACCCUUUGCUUUGUAAUGAAUAGCAUGAGUUGGAAAAUUAAACAAAGGGUGUGAUGUUCAUUAAUCUUCUGUAAGGUUCCUACUGUUGUAUUUAAUACAAUUUGUGGAUUUUAGUGGAUGAGUAGACUCACAAAUGAGUGUGGAUGGGAAUUUUAUCAGCUCCGAGUUAUAGACGCCAACUUCCAGAAAAUCCCAUUCAUGUACCGAAUACUUGCACGUGCUACGUCAUUGAGUCCCAACACUAUGAGUGCAAGGCAAACAUGUACAGAUAUGAAUAUUCAGCAUUCGAGAAAUAUAGGAAAAUUACACUUGAAAUAUAAAUAUUCUUUUUUUAUUCUUUAUUCAAGCUUGACAAGUAAGUACUUUACCUCCAAGCAAUGGCUCAACAUUUCUACUGUAGAUUUGGCCACAGUCUGUUUCCUUUGUAAAAUGUAUAUUCAGUCAAGAUUCAAGUUUAAGCUUCGGACUGCAGGAAAACCAUUGAGGUCUUCCACCACUGCAGCCUUGCAAGCCAGUUAGAGGUCAGAAGCAAACCGUUAAUGACUAGCCACUGAUUCAGCAUCACUCUACAGAUGCAUUUUUACAGGGAUGUCAGGAGCCAGGAACAGGGAAAAUCAGAAACUAUCCCAGAUGAUUAGGCCAUCUUUGGUGAAAGAUUAUUGAGGUUUAAGAGGUAAGAAGUCAAAUGAACACAGCUUUAAAAAAAAUAAUAACACGUUGAACACCACUGUCAUAGUAUACUGGUGGAUCCAGUGUAUAACAUGUAGCUGCACUUGUGUUUUGUAUGUGUGCAUCCAGUGUUUGUGGUGUACCCUCUGGAGAUGCUGGCAGUGCUGGCACUGCAGUGGGCUACAGACAAUAAACCAGGAAAUGUCU